UGAGCAGCAACAGAUCGCAUUCCAUAAAAAUAAAUAAAAAGAAAAUAAGGUAUACAUGUGUACACAGUACAUAAUUGUAAACAAGAUAUAUAUUAAAAUUGUCUUAAAAACUAUCUAAAAGUCCCAACGUUUCGUCUAAAAACUUCAAACUCCCUCAGGGGAACACAAUACAAAUCAGUGUAUAAUUGUAAACAGUGCUGUAUAGACUGUAAUCAAUUCAUUAUCUUUGACUACGAUAUUGUCUUACAAACUAAAGUCUAUUUACAAAAACAAUUACAGUUUGAUGUAAUAAAAUAAAGGAAUUUUCGUUCAACACAUCAACAUGUUCUUUAAUCAGUAGGUAAUAUUAGUGUUUGACAUAAAAGGGCUGUUUAAGCUGUUUACAUAGAUAAUACAACGAGUGGCCGUUAGUUACCACUUAUUUUACGAGUUAUUGCAUUUAACAUAUAUCUUAUGAGCGAACGCCAGUUGGAUACGUCAUUAACCAUUGAGUUGUAAAAUAAAUGAUAUCUAACGGACUCGAAUGUAGUAUUAUGGUUCUUACAUAUCUUCAAAAAACCAGUUGAUAAAAAAAACCCCGUCUUUUCCAACUAAAACUCAUUUACAGCACUUGGGAUUGGAGUUAACUUAUGCGUCAUAGAACAAUUAGUUUCAGUUAUCUUAUACGUGAAAAAAGCUAUCAGUUUCAGUUGCUAUUUUCGUGUGAUAUCAUAAAUAACGGUUAAUGUUCUCACCUUCGGAUGUGUAAGAACAUUAAUAAUUAAAACUGAAACAGGUUGUUCAGGGCUGCGUUCAGUCAGACCGAGCAGAAAAACGUCCGCUAGACUGGUUUGUGCGCUUGACCGUAAACCAAAUGGCCACGUCGGGAACCAAUAAAAAUAGAUCGCGAAUGUUAGCGAAACGUUUGCUGGCUGAACUUGGGGCUGAACAAGACUAUACCCAGCUUAGUAGGGUGAGAUAGCUGAGACCAUCGGGUCGUUUUUUGUUGUCUUGAGUAGUCCACAACGCACAGCUGAUGCUUCAACUAUGAAUAUUAACACGAAAGCGAAGAACUUUGCAUAAUAUGAACGCUUAAUAAGAAGCAGUAUGCAUCAAAACCCGUGACAAAGAAAUCUGACGUUUAUUUCUGUACCAGGUAACUUAAUGAGGAGUAGGCUACCUAAGAAAACGCCAGGUAAAUUUUAACUUGACAGAAUUCACGUGUGUGUAGAAUUCCCAGCAGAUGACAGCUUGUCGACGUUCCUUUAUAAAUCUUAGGAGUCACCACAUUUGACAACUGUCUAUCUACCAUCCACGCAAGGCAGUGCUAAUAUUGAUGAUUUCCCGACAGUCCGGCACCAUGCAUCAAGCCAGAUAUCCCAGAGCUCUCAGCUUCUGCCAGGACAACCCAGACCAGUACAAACUGUGUGCGCGGCACAUCUGUGUUCCCGUCCAUCUCUCUUGUCCUUGCAGCGCCAGGGAACACUUCCGAUGUGCGGACGGAAGAUGUCUGCCUCCCGACUUCCUGUGUGAUGGGUACCGAGACUGCGUAGACGGACGCGACGAAGACAUAUGUCACAGGUCAUCAGACCAGGUUUCUCUGCCACUUGCUGCUGGAGUGGGUGUCUCGUCGGUUGUGGCUAUCGCCGUCAUCAUCACUGUGGUCAUGGUUUUUGUGAGACGACGCAAACAUCGGUGCCUGACAAAUGAACCUGCUAGAGAACCCUUACAGAACGGUAACAGUACGAGCGACCCGUCAUCUAUAGACCUUCCACCCAACCCUUCCCGCCACGCGACUGGUUCAAAAUACGACCAUGAUGUAGCAGAUUUUGACGAUGUUCUGUGCACUUCGACGCCACGACCCGACGCGAGACGUUUGGUUAUACCGGUCAAUUUGGUCGAUUCCCAGAGUGAUGGAAAAAACAAAACAGACAGAAGAUAUCAGACUAAAGUUAUUUGACCGUGUGGUUGCUUCUUGGAUCCACGUCAUUAUUCGUCGUGAGGAUAUCUAAAGCUUGGCGCACACCUUACGAUUAACACUGACGCGACUGUCGAGUCUGCUGUAGUAUGAACACGUGCACAUGCACACACCAACUGACGCGACAGUCGAGUCUGCUGUAGUAUGAACACGUGCACAUGCACACCCCAACUGACGCGACCGUCGAGUCUGCUGUAGUAUGAACACGUGCACAUGCACACACCAACUGACGCGACAGUGUAAUCAGGGCAAAAUGGGAGAUUAGAGGCGACUGUCGCGUCUUUGCCCCGACACACUUACCGAUUAACACCAACACCACUAGGCUGUUGAGUCAGCGUUAAUCAGUAGGUGUGUACCAAGCUUAAUACUGAGGGAAGAUUCGUAAUGAUCCCCAUUUAUUUAGUAUGCAGGCUAGAUUUACAUUGAGCCCGCUUACUCUUGUUUCGGUCAAGUACUUGUAAUACAUAUUGUAUUAACGCCACCAAAUUAAUACUACGCCUCAGCCCCCAUUACAGAAUGCUAGAUGUUCGCCUGGUAAAUGUUGGUGACACACAUGCAUGUCUGUUAGGAGCCCCCCCCCCCCCCCCCCCCAUACAGUAUCUAGCCUAAAGUAACACAUAUAAGGGAAGAGGCAGUAACAUGAGAACCGGGGCACAUUUCACUUCAUCUAAACAACAAUGGAAGUGGUAAAACAAAAGUAACCUUCCCUUUUUCCCCGGUGGGGGUGGAUGCGAGUGCCUCCUUGUCACUCCGCUAACCACGACUCUGAGCAAACCUGACCUCUGACUUUUAGAUACAGCUGGAGCAGAAGGAAUUUGUUCUUUAAUAACUACAGUCUAUAUUUAUUUCUUUAAUUUUUAUUUUCAAACCAUUUGUCCAUUUUCCAAAACAGGUGAACAGUUUUCAACUCGGAAAAAUCACCAAAUUUAUCUUAGAGAAAAAGAAGAAGUAGACCCCCCCCCCCCCCCCCCAAGAAAAACAACAAAAUAAAACAAACAAGAAAGGUCCGAAAAUCGUGUGUUUAACACAUGAUCUGGUUUCACCUUUUUAUAUUUCAUGUUUAAAAUGUACAUCCAAAGAUGCUUAUAAUAUAUGACCAAGAUGAUAUAUCGAUACCUAAUUAUAUGUGUAUGUAAAUGGUGUAUUUAGUUUCUGUUUUUAAAUCAUCGUGUGUAUUUGGGAACUAUAUAUCUUCUCGUUAGUAUAAUAAUAACACUUUUUGUAGUUGCUUCCCGCCGCCUCCCAUUUUUACAUCAGUGUGUAUGUAUAUAUGUAUGAAUGAAUGAAUGAAUGUAUGAAUGAAUGUAUGAAUAAAUGAAUGAAUGUAUGUAUGUAUGUAUGUAUGUAUGUAUGUAUGUCUGUAUGCGUUGUAUGUGUGUGUGCGCGUGCGCGCAAAUGUGCACGCGCGUGUGUUUGUAUGUGUUUUCUUCACAAACAUUUUAAAUUUGGCAAAGGCGAGAUAACCCCUAUAACAAUAAAUCAAUUUGUCUUUUAUAGCCUAUUAAUUCCCGACCUAUGACCGUUUAUUAUUGAUCUGUGACCACAUGCUAUGAAUUUCACACCAUAUGCUAUUGACCAUUAACGACAUGUUAUUGAUCUAUAAACACGUGUUGUCAGAACGUUGUAACAGGCGGGUGGUGGUAUUGAACAACAAAAAACAUUGUACAAUUCUACGUUACCGGCAACACUCAACAUAUACAGACGUAGUUGUCAUAUUUAACCGAAAGUUAUUGACGGUUUGUACAACAGAUGCCACCAAACAACAAUAAAAUAGAAAAUAAAACAAUAGAAUGAUAAGAAGACAUGGGUGACGCCAUAUGGAAUACUCUGAGACAAAUCUCGCAGUUUCUCGUGUACAAUUUGUUAAUAAAAUUAUUUGAAAACAA